AUGCCAAACGAGGUUCCUCAAACUACCUGUACGUGCGGCGCAGCUCUAUCAAGAGGGUACAUUAAAGGAAGCCUGCUGGGAUUGGACUCCCACCCCAAAAAGCUAACGACCCUGGUGUUAUCGCUCAGUAGAGUUUUUGCUCCCAAGACCCAAGGCGAAGAUAAAAAAGCAGCCACCAUGCGUCUAGCCUUCCUCGUCGUUUUCGUCGCAGUCAUUCUGUUUGCAAGCACCGAAGCUGGUCCUGUCAACGCUGCGGCCGUUGCCAAGCUUACGAAGAGCUCCUCGCAGAAGUACAACACCGUGUGGAACAAUGUGCUCGCGAAGGUUUUCAGGUCUCUGACCCACAAGAAGUACAGAACGUCCCAGGCAGACAUGGGCGCCCACACCGCUCGCUUCCGUCCGUUACGCCUAACCUUAAAGGCUGGCUCAAGAAGGCGGUGGCCCUGCUUAGGAUUGAUAUCAGCGACAAUGUCAUCGGUGAGCGGUUCAAAUGUUUUGGCUGAGAUCUCUGGUAUUCGGUCGGCAGGAGAUGGAACUCUGGAAACGGACGGCUGCCUUGAACUGCACCUUGUUGCGCGCGUCUUGAUUGCUCCGCCAUCACGUUCGGAAGAUCGGCACGGUGACGAGCGCACCGCGCCAAACGUACUGCACGUGGCAAAUGUACUGUCCGACGUGCAAUCCGUUGAUCGCUGGAAAGCGUGGUCCUGGGCAGCAGAUCGCGCUGAGCAAAGCGGUGACUGCGAGUCUCGCGUGGCGGACGUUGGUCAUAGCCGCUGGGCCCGACAGAGGCCCAACACGACCCGCUGGAAUGCCAUCCGCGAAGUGGUUGAUGAUGCUGGUGGCUUCGAACUGGAGGGCAAUGCCGAGCUCACGAUGUGGGCACCUGCCGGUGCCUCGUAUCGCCGCUGGCGGCGAAGAGUGGGCGAUCACCAACGGGUUCGGCAAGCGAGGAAGCCCAGACCUCGUACACGUUCCACGCCUCCGAUCCGCACGUCCUCUCCGUCGAGUUCCUCCUUUACGGCGCCUCCAGUCACCAUUGCCGCGAUCACGUUCGCGUGGACGCGGCUCCGAGGCACAACUGGCACCGGGUGCUCGCGCGCAGUCACGCACCGGUCAUCAGCUCGAGCUGGCGCCAUCUGCGUCGACUUGCUCCACUUGCCCAUGCUCAUCGUCGCUGACUUGCUCAUCGUCGCUGACUUGCUUGCUCUCUUCUCUCUUGCUCGUCGACCUUUCCUCGGCUUGGAUUGUUCGCGAAUGAGAGAGAUCCGUCGGCUUCACUCUCCGGGGCCAAUUCGUAGUACUGCAGCCACUUUCGGUCCGACGGCGGGAAGAGGUCAAGCCUUGACCGGCGGCAAGGUGAAGGACGGCUUCAAGGAGACAUCCCUCAAGCCGUCGCACACCGCGCACCGCAGUGGAAGGACGCCAACAUCCCGAUCGCAAGCUUUCACCGCACCACCAAGUGGGCUUUCAGCUCAUCAUACGCUGCGAGAUGCGUCGCUCACAUACCGGUACGCGCGGCGUGUGCUGGAAGUGGGCGCCAUGACCCGCAGCCUCAAGCUCGCAGGUAAGAUCCAAGGUGCUCGUGCAAACAUCGUCGACGGUAAAGCUGAGGACGAGGGAAACACGAGGGAAGCAAAACAAGUCUUGAAAACUCGACUCAUGCUGAAUAAUCGACUACUGUACUUCAAAACUAGACGCUUACUGCUGCGAGGCUCGAAGUUAACUCGCGAGUUCUGA